AGUGUUGAAAAUGAAAUCCUUGCAGUGCCAAGCGACAGCUAGCGGAAUAUAGAAUUUAGUAAACGAAAAUGUACUUUUAGUAGUCGAUAAAUAAAUCAAAUCAAUUAAGUGUCAACUAAGAAUACUAUUAGAACAAGUAUCAAGAUCCCUUGGUUUAUGAGAAGAAAUUACUAUUUUCAAGAUGUUCCGAAAUAAGUUAGUUGCGAUCGCUGCUGUGACGAUAUGGCUGACUCUAUCGUACACUACGGCUCUCGAGGAUUUCAAUUUGACGGAUGCGGAUGAUGAUUAUAUAACGGUGUUCAACUACAAUGGCGAAGAGGUUUAUAUAACGAAAGAACUUAUGAAGAGAUUGAACCAUGAGUCAGAGACAUGGCACUGGAGGCCCUGGCUGAGGACGAAGACGGAGGUAGUCGGAAAUAUCAUGCAAGAAGUGGAACGGUCGAGUGAGGACUCGGUGAACAGUUUCCCGAUUAGUAUAUUCGAUGACGAAGAACUUCGAAGUGGAGCGUUCGUAUUAUAUAUAAUGUUUGGGAUCUACGCCUUUACACUAUUGGCGAUAGUGUGCAACGAUUACUUCAUACCUUGCGUCGAAAUGAUAUGCGAGGAUUUAAAGAUACCGCAGAACGUAGCGGCAGCUACUUUUAUGUCAGUAGCAACUUCUUGUCCUGAAUUCUUCGUGAACGUGAUCUCAACAUUCCUCACGCAGUCUGAUAUGGGUAUAGGCACCAUCGUCGGCUCUGCCAUAUUUAACUUGCUGGGUGUCGCAGCUGUAGGCAGUUUAGCGGCAGUAGCGCCAAUAGCGAUCGACCGCCGUCCCGUAACGAGGGAUGUGCUUAUCUACAUGAUCAAUGUUGGCGUGUUGGUCGCCAUCGUUUGGGAUGGCCAAAUCGUCUGGUACGAGGCGACGGUGCUUGGCGUUUUGUACAUCUGCUACUUCGUUUUCAUGUUCAACAGUAUGAAAAUAUUUAACUUGAUUGAUAGCAUCACAGCUUCUUGCUGUAACAAGAACGGAAAGUCAGAAUACGUAGUAUCAAUAGACGGGAAGCCCGUGGAGGAGGGCAUCGAUAACAAGGGAUUCAGCAAUAGUGACGCUCAAAUAAAUAAUGGAACGAAUAAUGAAAAGAUGUCAGUGGAGAAAGUGGAAAUCGAAGAAACUCCAAAGAAGAGUAUUUUCGCAUUCCCGAAGGGGAAGUCAAUUAUAUACAAGAUCUGGUGGGUGUACACUUGGCCACUGAAACUUGUCUUGGGACUUACAAUUCCGUCACCGAUCACCUGCCAGAGAUUCUAUCCGAUGGCUUUCCUGAUGUGCAUCAUAUGGAUAGGCGUGAACUCUUACUUCGUAUCUUGGAGCAUGACUGUUUUGGGUCAUGCUUUUUUCAUACCUGAAUCUGUUAUGGGAAUGACGUUCCUUGCUUUCGGAGGCUGCCUUCCUGAAGCGUGCUCUAUAUUCAUCAUGUCAAGAAAAGGUGAGGGCGGUAUUGGUGUUUCAAACGCGUUGGGGGCUAAUUCAUUAGCGAUAUUGUUCGCACUCGGUCUACCUUGGCUCAUCAAAACCCUGACUCUACUGGCUCAAGGAGCCGACACAGCUGUCACCAUCAAUUCAGCGGGCAUCGAUUUCGUCGUCGGCUCAUUACUAGUGGCGGCUUGUCUGCUGUGGAUCUGUUUGUUCAUAGGCAAAUUCAAGCUCAGAAGAAGCCUCGGUUUUGUACUUAUUUGUCUGUAUGUAGUGUUUAUUACCUUCGCAAUUCUUGUUGAAAUGGGUAUUAUACUAGACAGAGAAGUUGCGUUUUAAAACUAUUUUAAUUUUAAGUGAAAUAUUUUAGUGAGUUUAGCUUAAUGUUUCGCUUGAGUUAUAAUUUCGCGUACUGUUCGCGCUGUAAUGACAUUUGUCGUUGGGUAUACCGUCGAGUGCACAUCCAAAACAAUUUGUUAAGAACUCUGUGAUGAAUGUUGUGUAUAGUAUUUAUGCAAUCAUUGUAAAUAAUAUUGUACAGUUGUUAUUAUUAUACGUCUUUGUAAUGUUCUUAGUAUAUAUAACGUGUGAAGCAAUACGAAACGAUCGUUAAUAUUCACAUAAAACGAUAUUAUUUAAUUUUGUGCAGCGUCAUGUAAGUAAUCAUGAAAGUAGCAGAUCUGAUUAACGUUACGAUUAUGACAACGUGCGAACUGUAUUAAAUAAUACUAUAGUUCAGUGAAAACAAAUCCUUAUCAUAAUAUUUGUACGUGCUAUUCCGAUGACACGCAAUCAAUUUACACAAAUUCGUUAACGACACACGUGGCCAUCACUCACGUCACUAACCAACCAGCGCUCGCUUUCAAGCCGAUAUGACUUUGUACGCCGCCGUUAAUAUUCGUGUCAAUUAUAAAUUCGGAUUACUCGCCCAAGUUAUCAGAAUUUCCGUAGUGUUUGAAUAGGCGUUCGAUAUUCGCUUAACUAGAUUAUACAGAUAGUUGCUUGUCUUGUGCGUCCUUUAGGUAACUUGGAGAGUAUCUGACGAUACAAGUGUGGAUACUGUACUUGUAGUACUAAGAUCACGACGUAACAAGUAUAUUUGAACUUAUAAAUUGUAUAGCGGUUUCACGUGGUUCGAUUUUGAUUAACCGACAUUUGUCGCGCAAAUAAAAAUUUAAAACAAAUGAAAAAUUUUAUUUUAAGAUGUUUAAACAAUUUUUUAAAUAUUACAAACCUAAAUACAACUGAUUCUUAUUGUUUCAAUUUUAAUCGAAAUUAAAUCGCUUCACGUGAAUGCUAUAUAAGCCAUAAACAAACUGUUUUAUCAUAGAAGAGAUUUUUUUGUUCUUUCUCUCUCUCUCAGCCGAAGGACGUCCACUGCUGGACAUAGGCCUCCUCCAAAGAUCGCUUCCCGCGACCUUCGCCAGGUCGUCGGACAACGUUGUUAAGUUUGAAAUAUAUAUUGGCGAUGAGCAUAAAAACUCAAAGUCGUCUUGAUUGCAACGUAUCUGUAUGUAUCGUACUCGUAACAAUUCUGUCACUUGUAGUGUAAAAUCAAAUUCUCACCCAUAUAUUAAAUAUAUAACGCGAUGAACAGAUUCUGAGUGAUCGUUUCAGGUUUAUAAAUAAAUGUUAUUAAUUCGAGUGUGAUUUGUAAGGAAAUUGUAAUAUUCAGUGGCUUUACGAUAUUAUAGCACUAAUACUAUUUUUAAAUUGUUUUCUUAUCAAAUAAGAAACUGAUAAAUGAGCGUUAACUUUGAUUUACUGAUAUCACCUUAUCGCUAUGAAAUAGUAAAUAA